AUGACCUCAACGUUGUUCAACUUGAGAUGUCGAAUUUUAUCAAUAACAAAUUAUUUUUUAAAAUUGUGUAACUGGAUAUUUCAAACGACAGAGCACGGGGCUGAGUCACUGGUCUUUUUUGGCGACGUUCUCUCCAACAAGACAGCCCCUCAAGACAGCAAAGUGGAACUCUCCUGCAGGCUGACCAGCGAUCAAGACGUUAGGAUAAAGUGGUUCAAAAGGUUGACGCCAAUUCAGCUGAAAGUUUUACGUCAAGAACAACAUCCAUCAUUGGCGUUUGUCACAUCACUACCACUGCCCGACUCCAAAGAUCAUGACGAUUACGUACAACUCAGCUCCGAUGAUGACGCAUCCAACAUUUACAAAACUUUUAAAAAUCCUUACACCAUCGAACUUGAACAUCAACCAGGCUUCAACACUUUUCAUUCCAAGUUGAAAAUCAGCUCUGUGACGUCGAGAGAAGCAGGCCUCUACGCUUGCCAGGCGUCCAAUCGAAAAACUGUUUCUUAUCAAUUUGUUCAUUUGACCGUUUUUGAUCCUAAAAACGCCCGAAGAGAAACUAACUUUGAUCCGCAACAAAUAAUUCCUCAGAACAACUCACUGCAACAACAGCAAUAUUUCAUGCGACCAACGAUGUCAUCGAUAACAUCGAGUGAGAUACCUUCUGUUACUCUUCCGAAGAAAAAAAAAUCAAAAAAUAAGUACAAAAUAUGGGUUAAAAUAAUCGACCUGCUAAUGCAGAUACAGAUAUUUUGA